AGCUGUCGGGUUCGACGCGGUCCGGAGUUGCCGGUUCCGCACGUCUUGGAUCAUGGCUGCCGCCAGCGAGCUUGCAAGCAUUCAAGCGGAGCUGCAGUCCGUGAAGCGGGCGUUGCAGAGUGGAGCAGCACACCUGGGACUUCAGGGUGAGGCACUACAGAAGUACCUGCUCCAGUUGAAUGAAAAGGAGAACCUCUUGCUGUCCAAGCAACUGCGCAAUCUGGCAGUGGAGAGCUUCGAGCCUCUUCUGCCGGCCGCGUCACAGGCUUCCGCGCCUCCAAACCCUGCGCGGGGAUAUGCUCACACCAACGGGUCACAUCAGCCUCGCCCGGCGCCUGCGGGAGAAGCGAAGGCGUUCAACCGCGAGAACGUUCAGGAGGUUCUGAGCCACAUGGCGGAGUAUGAGGCUGUGCCCACUGAGUGUGCCAAGGCCUUGAAGGCAUUGUCCUCGCUCGCCUAUGCGAAUGCACGGUCAAUUGGCCAGGAUGAACGCGUGCUUCCCUCCCUGUUGAGAGUUGCCCGCCUGCAUUCCACAGAGGGUGUCGUGCAGCUGACCGCCAUGCGGGCCAUCUCCAACAUGGCCUAUGAUCAGGAGAUUGCGCUGACAAGACUAGCGCAGCCUGAUGUCAUGGGGCAGCUCCUGGCAGCCAUGGCAUCCAAAGCUGAGCCGAAGGAGAUCUCUGCGAGGGCAAGCGAAGCCUUGGCAAGGAUCAUUGCAGCAGAGGUCAAGCCAGAUAGUGAUGGUGGUGGGCCCCCGCCGGAACAGCCAGUGCAGCUGCCCGCUGGAUCUCCCGGGGCGCUGUGCGGCCUCUUCCUGGCGGCGUGCCGCGGUGAGGCAGCUUGCAAGGAGAUCGUGCCGCAGCUGCUUACACAGCUCUCUUCCAAUGAGGUCACAGAAGCGAGGCAAGCUGCUGAGGGCUUCACCCGCUGUGAGCAAGAGUGCAAGAUCCCUGCCGACGGAGUCGGUUGGUUAUCAUUGGCCAAAAUCCUUUCCCCGGUGGAUUCAGUACGGGAUUUGCCCGCGGCGCUGGUUGAAGCAGGCGCCAUCAGGGCAGCCGCCAGCAUUAUGACCCGUUUCGUCGAUGAUAGCAUGGUCCAGCUGACCGGCAUUGAAGCCAUGUCAAGUUUGGUGGGAAAUCGUUGGGCGGGCCUGCGGGCAUUUGCGGAUGUCGGUGGAAUGGAGCGGGUUGAAGAGGCUAUGAGGCGGCAUGGUCAAGAUGCAGUAAUUCAAACCAAGGGUGUUCGAGCACUUGGCAGUGGUGUCCAGUGGCCUCAAGACAUCCAAGAAAGAGCUCGGUAUUCUCACAGGCGUGCUGUGGAGAUUACUAAGAAUGCCAUGUCGCAGCAUGGCUCGGACAUCGAGCUGCAAAUUGCGGCGCUGGAGGCUCUGGCAAAGUACCUAGAUAAGACCAAAUGUGUUGCAGACAUUAAGGAAGCUGGAGGUGAAGGCCUGGUAAAGAUGAUGAUGACAACCCACCGGUCCAAUGCCAAGGUGCAACAGUGGGGUCAGCAUGUGCUUACUGGCAUUGGGGCGGACCCCAACUGGGCCCCAAAGACUGGGGCUUCGCCUUGAUUUUGCUGGACGUUCGACAUAAGACUCGCCAAAGAUCACCAGAAA